UUCUAUCAAUAGUCUUCAGCACAUUACAUCAACCAAACCAAAUCUAGCGUACAAAGUGACACAACCAAAUGCAAGAAUUAACGCCACACCAACACAGGGGAACAAGUACAUACAGCCGCAAAAGCCGAAAACAUCCCAUAAAAAAUCUUCAAAGAUCCCCAUAUCUUCGUCAUCAACCAUGAGUGUUGAGAGCUUCCCACGCCAGAUUCUUUGGCACAGGGUUGGAGACAUCCCUGGCUUGCAACGUGACGGCUCUGAGUGUGUUGUAGGUGAAGACAUUCGCCAUCCAGAACGAGGCAUAGUUGUAGGGCAGAUUGUGCUUCUUGAAAACCUCCUGAACAAAUGGAGACACCUUUCAAAGCUGGCACCUCAGCAAGCGAGGGAACAGAUGGUGCUACACCUAAUACUGCAAUCCAACAUGGAACCAAUUCCCUUUUAAAAAAAUGAUAACUUUCUCACCUAAAUAGAACAUAAACAAACCAACAAUGGACUUGUCAGAAUGGUCCUUUCCAACGAGUAAUACUGCAGAAAGGGUGAAAUUGGACUUCUUAUCAUAAACAAUUGGACUUCUUAUCUUAGUCCCUUUAGUUUCAUAUGGGCCACGAGUAAUACUGGGCCAAGGGUGAAUUUUUUUAAAACUAAACUGCUACUCCCCAAUGGUAGGUAGGGAUGAAUGACAAUUGACAAUGGGUCGGGUUGGGUCGGGUGUUGCCAAACACAAAUCCAAACCAAUGGGUUUAUUUGUCAAAAAAUACGAGGUAAAACCCACUGAGUUUGGAAAACUAAAACCCAAUCCGCUGGGUAUCGGCGGGUUCAUGGGUAUCCAUGGGUUUUUUGUGGUAAAAAAUUUACAAUAACAAGUUUCUAUCAAAAUAAAAUUCAAACAUCAAUUUCCCCAUACAAAUUAUACAUACAUAAAACACCAUUAUAGAAAAUUCAAACAUAUCACAAUUACACUAAAUAAAUCACACGGAAUAAGUGUAGUGAUAGUUAGAUUGGAUGAAAUUAGAAAUAAGGUAGGGUUUGGGGAGAGUAGGGCGACGAAAUAAGUGUGGGCGGGUACUCCUAAACCCAAACCCAACCCGCUGAAUAGUGCACGGGUUUAAACCCAAACCCAACCCAAAAACCGUCUACGGGAGUAAAAACGAAAAUUAAUCCCUAGGCCCCAUAGGCCAUAAUAGCCCAUUAUCGUUGUAACCCAACAACACAAAAAAAAAAAUCAACUUGUCUACAGAAUACAUAAAGGCAAAACAUGGGUUGUAAUUAUCUCAUUUCAAAUUUCGUGGCCUAAGAGUGAUUCUAGGAAGGUCAUUUUUGUCAUUGCACUCAGGUCAUGUUUAUAUAUUAAAAAUGUUAUCAUUGGAGUUCGAACCUUGGUCAUUUGAAUGAAGAAAAAGCAUUAUAACCAACUAGGCUAUAUUUUAUUCCUUGUUAUUUUUUUUAUUGAACUCUAGCAAUAUGUUUGGUGAUGAUGCUUCUAUAUUUAUAUUUUAUCUUAAUUUAUUUAUAUUUUAUAGAAAGAUAUUAGUUCUGAAAUCGGAACUCAAGUAGUAUUGAUUCUAAUAUUAAUAUUAAAUUGUAUGUGUUGUUUAGUUCGGAAAAAAUACAGAAGUGUAACCAAAACAUGGACCUUUGGUGACGAGUAUAAUCAGUUUUUUGUGACAAAUCUAUAAAUAAUAUAAUGAUAAAAUUAGAAAAUGAGAGUCUCAUUUAAAAUUUCGUGGCCUCGGAGUGAUUCUAGGAAGCUUGUUUUCGUCAUAAUGCCCAAUUUAUGAUUAUAUUAUGUGUAGAUUUUUACAAAAAAUUACUAUAUUUGUAAAAAAGAUCCAUAUUUUGGCUAUAAAUAUGUAUUUUGUCUAAACUAAACCACACAUACAAUUUAUUAUUUAAUGUUUGAAUCAAUGUAACUUGAGUUUCGAAUUCACAAUUAAUCACUUUCUAUAAGAAAUAAUAAUUUCAGGUAAAAUACAUUUCCUACUUGGUUGAAAAAGCUCUUUCUAUGAGAUAUAUUCAAUGUUUUAAGAUUUACUAUUUCAAAUUUCGUGAAACAAGAGCGAAAGUAGGAAAAGUAUAUUUAUCAUCACAAUUUUUAUAUAAUUCAUAUGAAAAAAUAUAAAUAUCUUACUCUGUGCAUUUAUGACUGUUUUUAUCUUGGUGUUGUGAAUAGGUAGAAACUUAAUUAUUAUAAUGCAUAUAACUGUACCUAGCCACAUGAUUUAGCUAGCACGACACAGUUAGAGCAUAUCAUGAAGACAAUGUAUAUGGAUUGAGCAUGUACAAACAUGAAUGCUUCAUGGGUCGUACCAGACUUAAACUUCAAGGGCUCGCGCACAAGUGUGAGCACCACACAGUCUAUAUUGGUGAACUCAUGCUUUUGGAGAAAUGCGUCAUUUGAUAAAAAUAAAACAAAAUAUUCUAAAAAUAACAUAUACAAUUUUAAUUAAUGAGUAGUUUCUCGCAUUAACGUGUGACGGCUCAUAUUCUAAAAUGUUUAUAAAAUACAUUCAUUGUUUAUUUUGAGACUCGAACAUUUUUCAAUGUAUACAACUAAAAAUUCAUUUAUAAAAUCAUUCUUGGUUAACUUCAUAGCUGAAAAGUCUUUUUUAUAGCUUGCAGUAAUAACAAACAACGUCAACAAUAAUUUUAGAAGCAAGUAAAGUGAAGAAGAAAUAGGGAUUUAAUAUUUCUUUGCAAAUGUGUGUGUGUGGUGGGUGGGGGGGGGGGGAGAGAUUUUUUUUUGUCUAAAAAAUUUGAGAAAGGGUUCAAACUCAUAUAUCAUUUGUUUGAAUAUUGCAUAUUGAAUUGGAGUAUUGAAAAUUUUGGAAGCGAUAUGUAAUUCUUAAAUUAAUAUUAAUUUUCAUCUCGGUUGACCAAUAGCCUUACACCUUUUGCAAAUCUGACAUGGAUCAAAUAAUCAUAAGAUGAGAUUUAGUUUGAUAUGGCGUCGGUUCAAAACCAUUUUUAUGUGUGAUGAAUUUGUACAACAAAUACAUGUAAAGUGAAGAUGAACCAGAUUAUGCAUUUUGAUUCUUUAGAUAAAUACAAUGGUUUAAGGCUUUAAGCGAUGAAAUAACUGUACACUCACUCGAUUGGUUUAACGAGUUAUGCUUUUUAUCACUUUUAAUAAUUAGUUUAUUCAUAACCUAGCAAACUACUUUGCUCCGUCAAUAAAUAAAGGGUUAAUACCUUAGUUUGGCCCGAACUAUAGACAAAGUUUCUACUUUAGCCUGUGGUAUCGGUAAUUGCUAUUUUGGCCUAAACUAUGUAGCAUACUUUCUUAUUUGGCCCGGAGGCGGGUUUGACCGUUAGUCAAGGUCCACCUCACUUGCCACAUCAGCUAUUAGGGAAUAAAAAAUUAAUUUUGUA